CUUUUAUGUAUCAUUGAUUCAACACGGCAAAUGUGUGACUAUCUGGUGAAUAUACUAGUAUGACCAGCUUAAAGGUAUAGUAGGGCAAUGGCGAAAUCCAAGCUGGACGACGAAUCGUCCAAAACAGCCGUCCAGCGCCUGGACCAGGUAACAGCACAUGUCGCCGACGAGCAACACCAUAACUCUGCGUCUGGGAUAUCAAAGCGACAAUCAAGCUCGCCAUUGCCGGCAGAUUACUCUGACAUUCUCUCAACCGUAUCAACCCUCAGAACUCUAGCCCGGACGCCUAAUAGUACACAACGAGGUUACGUUCGUCAAAAGCAAGCAGGAAAACUCUGGGUGCGUGAGCGAAUUGAGGAGCUACUCGACCGCGACACAUUCCGCGAGGUCGGUUCGAUAUCUGGGACGGUGAAAUGGGAGACAACAAGUGCCACGCAAGAGCGGCCGGUCAGCUUUACUCCAAGCAACAAUAUCCAGGGCACUGGAAAGCUGCGCGGGCGAGACGUGCUCCUGACAGCAGAUGAUUUCAGUAUUCGCAGCGGCCAUGCAGACGGUGCCACUUCGGGAAAGACGCAGUAUUUGGAGAAAAUGGCUAUUGCGCUGAAACUGCCCGUUGUGAAGCUCGUAGAUGGUAGCUCGGGAGGAGGCAGUGUGACGACGAUUAAGAAAGAAGGCUGGAGUUAUCUUCCAAGUCUUCCACAUUUUCGCUAUGUUGUUGAGCAGUUGAAUAUGGGGAUUCCAAAUAUAGGUGCCGUUCUCGGGCCAGCAAUCGGACUAGGGGCGGCGCGAGUCGUGGCUUGUCAUUUCAGCGUCAUGGCCGCAGAUAUCGGCACUCUCUUCAAUGCUGGGCCAAAAGUUGUCGAAGGGGCGACAUUUGAAGAAGGACUCAGCUUCCAGGAUCUUGGCGGGCCUAUGAUGCAUUGCACCAACGGUACGAUCGAUAAUCUAGCAGCUAACGAAGCCGAAUGCUUUGAGCAAAUCCGGACAAUUCUGGAAUAUCUACCCAAUUCUGGUCUUGACGCGCCGCCCGUGAUCUCAUGUGAGGAUCCUGAGAAUAGAGAAGAUGUUGCAUUACGAUCUAUCAUUCCUCGAAAGCAGGCCCGAAUGUACAACCCCAGAACCAUAAUCAACUCGGUUGUCGAUCGUGGGUCGUGGUUUGAAAUCGGCGGUUUAUGGGGCAAGACUGCUAUCGGUGGUUUGGCCCGUCUAGCAGGUCAUCCGGUUGGAGUCAUUUCGUUAAAUUGUGAAGUUAACGGUGGCGCCCUGGAUGCACACGGAAGUCAAAAGUUGACGCGACUUCUAAAACUAUGCGAUGUGAUGAACAUUCCAGUGUUGCAGUUUGUCGACGUUCCUGGAUACGCUAUCGGAACGAUGGCGGAGAGAACAGCGACUAUGCGCUGGGGCGUAGAACUCACCAAGGCGUAUUUCUCCACCACGGUACCCAUUUUCAGUGUCAUCACACGAAAAGUCUUCGGUGUUGCUGGUGGGGUCAUGCUGGGAGCACGAGAUCCUCCCAUGCAAGUGGCCUGGCCCUCUGGACAAUGGGGUUCUCUCCCUCUCGAAGGAGGAAUCGAAGUCGGUCACCGCCACGAGCUGCGCGAGGCUGAGAAAGUGGGACGAAAGGAGGAGAUGUAUCGGGCUUUGGAUACUGAAUAUCGGCGACUGAUGAAUCCCGUCAGAACAGCCAAUGCUUUUGGGGUCGAAGAGAUUAUAGACCCCAAAGACACGCGGGCAGUGUGUUGUGUAUGGGUGAAACACAUGUAUGGAGCUGCGAUGAGGGAGCGGCUGGCGCAGCGUGCGAGUGGAAGAGUGCAGCCUUCUUUUGCGUGACCAUACAUCAAUUAAUGUUCGAGUAUCCAUCAAUUUCUCUAAUCGAUGCCCGUGCACAGCCAUAUGUCUCAUGCAUGUCUACACGUGUAAUAUAGUAUAUAUCGAUUGCUAAUAUAGGAGACAUAAUGCGGCUUGUCUUGGCAGGGUUUGAUAUUAUUAAGCAGCUGUGAG